GGAAGGAGGUUCUGAGUGGAAACAGAGCGUCCAGUGUUUCAUAUUUCACCUCCCAGUUGAAGGGAGAAAAAAAAAGAGAAAAAGAAGAGAAGGAGGAGGAAACCUGGGGACAAUUUUCUCGAGGCGCAUUUAACUUGGAGUUUAUGGAGGCUGCAGUUGUGGAAAAUGAAGAUCUCCUCUCUGGUCUUUGCUCUGCUAAUCCGAGCAUUGUUUGGAGAUUUCUGCUUGGCCAUCAACGCCACAAUCACUCCGUCGCCCUUCACGGUUGCCCAGGAGGGUCAGAACAUCACACUCACCUGUGUCAUCUCCCAGAGACGGCGAAACACAGCCCUACCAGUCGUCAAAUGGACCUUCUUGCCGGCAGGCGCGGAUCGACCCGAGGACGAACUCCUGAUCGCCCGGGUCAACAUGCGGAAAGCUCGCUUCUAUGGGAACUACACCAAGAGUUUCCCCUGGCCAAAGUUCAAGCUGACGGUGGUGAAGCAGGGGAAGAUCUUCGAGCUGCUCGUCCAGAGGGUGUCCGAGGAAGACAGAGGACUCUACAUGUGCCGGGUGCAGGAGUUCAAGAAGCACCAGGACCGCUGGAAGGCCUCGACCAACUACACCGCCGCUACAGAGCUCAGAGUGCAUGUUCUACCGACCACCGAGACCAAAGAAAGUCUGUGGAGUUUGUUUGAAGAUGUGUACCUGUGUGCAGUGCUGAUCUGCUCUGUGGGUCUGCUGUGCAUGUGCAUGUUCACUGUGACCAUAAUCUGCCAAUUCAUACAGAGGAAGCAGAGACUAAAAGAUCAGUAUCACUUGGUUAAAAGCCCUCAGAACAGCUCAGGAGAGACGGUCACCAGCGUAGUCAGUGUUUCUCCUGCUCUUCCUAAGAAGGAGAGGAGAUACAGAAAGAAAAGGAGCAGGGACUACCAGGAGGAGAAACCACCAGAGAUACCAGCGAAAGCCCCCAUCGAAGACAAAACUCGCAAACCCAAACUAUUAAAACCUCAACCAAGGAAAGUAGUUCUGCCCAGGAUAGUGGAGGAGAAUCUGACAUAUGCGGAGCUGGAUCUGGUGAAGCCGAUCCCAGAGGCAAAAGCAUCUCGGAGCGGGACUGUGUACGCUCAGAUACUGUUUGAGGAGCAGCAGCUUUGAGACGGAACACAAACCACUAAAAAAACUGUGCCUUGUAUAAAAACUGUUGACUAUUUAUGCUCUGUUUUUGUGCUGUUUUGUAAAGAAUGGUUUGCGGUGGAGAUAAAUGGGUAUUGUUUUUUUUUGAUACGACAAACUUCUACAUGUGGUUUUGUAGAUAUUUUGUAUAUCUUCUUCAUAUGAUAGUAACAUACAAUGUGACAUUUUUUUGCUUUCUUUCGUUUGUUUUAUAUUGGAGUAUUUGUAUUUAAUGUGGUGAAGUCCUGUGUACCCCAAACUAACAUGGUAGACGACUUAAGCUUAAGGAACUUUAAAUUUACUGGAAUCUGCGAAAGGAAACACUUCGGAGAUACUUCUGAAAAGCUACAAUAAAAUUAACUGGCAAUCUGAAAUCCCCAAAAUCCAGAUUAUACAGCCUAGAAUCAACAGGCCCAGGGCGUCUUCCCUCACAUCAACCACCUUGUCUCCACUGCCUGGACUAAGAUGAACCAGUCUCCUUAACCUAUGGGAGCCUCACCUAUGGAUGUGGUCUCAGAUUCAUCAAAACCAAUGAACUGAAAUUACUCUGACCCAUUCCAUGAGAAGACAAGGCCUUUGAUAAGAAUGCUCAUUGGAUUACCAAAACCCCUCCACCGUGUCAAGCUGAUGAUUCCUUGGAUGUUUCAGAUGAGAAUCAUUUCCUCUAAGUUUGAGACCAUUGGAAAGGGAUUGUUCCGUCCAUUCUUCAAGUAGAGGACUUCCUAGUAUUUUGCCAUCUUGUUCUGAAGGAUUGAGCAAGCUAUGGAGUCUUGUACGUGGUUACGUUAAUUUCUUGUGCUGAAGAAAAAAUAAGUUCACGAUUUAGUGGCCCAUCAAUGUUCCGACUC